AGCUAGGCACACAAGUCUGCACAUAAGUCUGUCGUCUGUUUUUUAAUGUAAACAAAUUGACAUCAACCCCCAUUUAAUCCGCCCUAGUCACAAAGUUAUGCAUUCAACAAGGACCUUAUUUAUUUCCAUUAACUCCGCGGGGUAAUUUCUUCAUAAUAGGAAGACGAGCAUAUAUUGACGCACGCAGAGCUACGGCCUAUAAAUGCCUGUAGACUUACAGACUGAACAAAAGAUGCAUGAUGUACCUAUAAAAGUCCCUUUGCUAAUCAUUCGCCCGGUUGUUUUCGCAGGGUCAGAAACUGGAUUCAAUAUAUCCGGAUUUCAUGACUUACUUUCCUAAGGGAGACAACAUCCGUAGAAAGGGAGAGUACAAUAUGACAACACUUCUUCGGUCUGAAUCCAAGUAAUAUUAAUAUCUAGAGCUUAGAGUACCAGAAUGGAUGCUGACACCAAAGAAAGUGAGAACAGUUUCGAGUUGACUCCUCAACUCACACCUCAUAAUGACCCAGAAAAGGAGUCAAGUCUUGGGUCUUCCUUAGACUUGACCGAAUACGACAAACUCAUGACAGCGGAGGAAAAUUUCGAUGAAUUAGAUGACGCCGCCAAAAACGAAAAACUGCUUGAUUCUCCAGAUGUGGAAAUUUCCAUAGCGUCCAGCCCUCUGUUACAUAAAAGCGACCAGCUGUAUCCUCACGGCUGUUGCAGCCGAUUCGUGGCGGGUAUUGAAAACUGGUUUAAAAACCUGUGGCAGAGACACAAGAGAAAAGUGUAUCUCGUCUGCAGAAUUGUAGCGUGUUUACUGUAUUUGACCUACUUUGGUUACUGUGUUCAAUAUAGAUACUUUGAUGAGGGCUCCUAUGUGUUGACCGCGGUCACCAUUGUUGUGGUCGGCGUGGUCUGCGUCAAGGUGAUCAAUGGCCGUAAACUGGACUUCCUAACAAGACAGUACUACACAUUUUGUGGACUGAUGAAAAAAAUUUUAACUCUUAGAUUUUAUAUAAAAAUUUUCCUCUAUUUAGCAGUGACCAUUUCUUUGUCUGUGUAUCUCGGGGUCUCGGUCAUCUCACAGAGCCCACAGAAUGUCCAAGCCUUGAUUGGUCUCUUCGUCCUUGUGGCCACAUGUUUUCUACUCUCGGCCAGCCCUAGCAGGAUUGAUUGGCAUCCAGUAUUCUGGGGUUUUGUCCUCCAGUUUUCUUUUGCCAUUCUAACUCUUCGAACAGAAGUUGGUUACGAAAUGUUCAAGUGGGUCGGGGACCAGGUCAACUUAUUUGUACGCUUUUCUGACAGCGGAGCAGCUUUCGUGUUCGGAGAUAGUUUCAGAAACACCAGAGCAGGCUUCUUCUUUGAGUCCGCUGGUGUGAUAGUGUUCUUCAACUCUUGUAUAUUUGUACUUGACUACUACGGUGUGUUAGAGCUCGUUGUCUUAAAACUAGGCCGAGCAAUAUCAAUGUGUCUGAACACUGGUCCAGUAGAGUCGGUUGUAUCGGCCGCCAACAUCUUCAUUGGUCUGUCCGAAGCCCCGCUGUUUAUCCGCCCCUACCUACCCACCAUAACAAAGUCGGAACUCCACGCUGUCAUGACUUGUGGGUUUUCCAGUAUAUCCGGGGCUUUUAUGGCCAUGUUUAUCAAAUCUGGGGCCCCAGCAAGUCAUCUGUUGACAGCCGCCAUUAUCUCCGCUCCUGCAGCGCUGGCAAUCUCCAAACUCAUGUACCCAGAGAUGGAGACUGUUGACCUGGACACACAGAAGGACAUAAGGGCAAGAGACGAGAACUCUCCUAAAACUCUGGUUCAAGCAGCUUCAGACGGUGCAGCAUUCUCCACGAAGCUGGUAGCGGCGAUUAUGGUCAACAUGAUGGCCUUUGUGUCCAUUUUAAACUUGACCAACGCCACUUUGGUCUGGCUUGGUGAGAGGGCUGGAGUCCAGGGAAUGACCUUUGAUUUCCUGUGUGCAUACCUACUCUACCCGAUAACUUUUCUCAUGGGCAUCGACCCAGAGGACAGUGGCAGAAUCGGAUCUCUGAUGGGGGUGAAAUUUAUGGCGACGCCUUUCGUUGCCUACGCAGAUUUAGGACUAAUGAUUAAAAAUCGUCAUGUUUUCGAAAGCUACGCCAGCAACUCCAAUGCUUCGUGGUACGUGUCGGGUGAAGACGUCAUCCUAACGGAGACCAACACCACACUCUAUAAAGGUUUUAUGUCGGAGAGGUCAGAGGUGAUCAGUACCUAUGCACUAUGUGGCCUCUCAGCCUUUCCAGCUAUAGGAUUUUGCCUGGGCACUCUGAUUCCUAUGUGCCCCAAAAGAAAAGAUGACAUUAUCUCCUUGGUGAUGAGUGCAUUCAUAGCCGGCAACAUGACCAACUACGUCACAGGGGCAGUUGCAGGAAUAAUGUUUACAGCGUAAUGUCGAUCUAACCCAAAGACUUAAAAAUAGGAAAUUACCAGAUUAUUAUUGAUACCAGAGUGAGCUAAAUCUAUGUAGUUUGCUUUGGAUAUAAUCGUUCUCUUUCCUGCAGAUUAAAAAUACAUAUUUUGGUUAUGAAAGUUUCUCCCUCUCGAGCUUACAUCCGAGCGGUUCUUGUGAAAAUGUAAUCAGGAUACCAAAAACAGUUCUAGUAUUUAAAAAUCAUUUACCACAAAAGAGUUGAUUCCUCGUAGACACAUGAACUUUGUACGCUAUUGAGUCUCGUAGGCCAUAGCAAUCUAACCUGAAGUUAUAUCAUUCAUAAAAAGCUUCGGCAAUAUAUGUAGUCUUUACUAACAUUAACAAAUUUUACAUGACAAUGCUCAAUGCAUUUUUUAAUGUCGAGCGUUCAUGUUGAUGUAGAAAAUUAAAAUGCUGCCGAGAGAUUGAUUUUAUUUGUCUUAUCAGGCAACUCAUUUCUGGCUCGAAUUGUACCUGAGUAUUGUGAGUUGCAACUUUGUUCUGGCACAGUCAGAGAUAUAAAUAAGUUUCGCUUCGUUUCAUUCUGCUUGCUUGUUGGAUCGUAUGUUUGUAUUGAUGGUAGAGACUUUAUGAAUGUUAUAUUACAGUAAAAAUAGAUCUACUGUUUUUGUUUUUUGUUGUUUUUUUGCGGGGGAUGGGGCGGGAGGAGAGGGCGUUGUGGUGGAGUUAUUCCUGAUUUUGAAUCUCACUUGAUGGUUGGUAUUGUUUUUAAAGGAGAAUUUAGUUACGGGCAUUAGUAUGAGAAAGUAAAAGCUGUUGGUCGUUGUGCUCGACCAGUUACACCCUCAUUAUCAGUCAUUGGUUUAGUUCUAGAUUGUUAAAUCUCUGAUGACAGUUUCAAUAUCUCCCUUCACACUGACUAUGAUGUCAGAAAGUUUUUGAAAAUAAACAUUUCUUGCCGUUUUAAUAAGACUUUUGUUGUUUUUUUCUAAAUCGUUAAUAACAAUUUUAGCUGACGUUAAAAAUGUUUUUAUACUUAUAUUAUAUUAAAAAUAUAAAUGUAUUUCGUAAUUCCAUAUUCCUUCAAUUGUAGGGAGCGCAAUAACUCAAAUCUGUAACUAGAUUGAUACAUGAACUGCGUGGGAUCUAAUUAUCUUCUGUUUUUUGUAGGAUGUGUAUUGUUACCCUUAUGCUAAUAAUCGAGUGACUUCUUUUUUAUUGAAAGGUUCUGUAACUAAUUAAUGGUGAGCAUACAAUAGUGUAAAUGGAUAUUUUAUAAUAAUAAUAAUAAAAAUAAGGCUUGUCUUCAAGUCCAAAAAUUUAUGAGGAAUGCAGUAUUUCCUGUUGCAACGCAGCCCCAGCUGUGAACUACAUAUUUUGCCACAACCGUUUCAAGCAUAACCAUUUGUCGCCUUUGGUCGAUUAAGAUUUCCUUUUUGUCGUCUGCGUCUGUCCUCGGCAGCGGAUUUUCUUUUGGUCUCAAAUGUGUAUCCCGCGGCUUUUGAAAGUGACCGGAAGCCGCAUGCCACCAGGUGCUCUCUUCUAUUACACUAAUGACACUAUAUCCCACUAUGCAUUGUGUGUGUUUCUAUGGUGACGGUGGGAAGAAGUUAGCGAUUGGUUGUAAAUGAUGCCAGAUAAGCGUCAUUGUAGUCAGCUGUCUUGAAGAGGACAGACGACUCCAGAUUGUCAGACUGAAAAGACGUGUUUUUGUAGUGAGUUAGUUUGUUGGGGUUUUCUUUGUUCAAAAUACCAUUUUUAUUAAUUCC